CGUCCAUUGUCUCGCACACUCAUCUCCGGACUCGCCUUCCGCCACGCUCACGCCCACCAUGGCGUCCGCUGAGCUGCUAGCCCAGAUCCAGUCCGGUAAGAGACUUAAGAAAGCCGUCACGAAUGACCGCAGCGCACCCUCCAUCGAACCUCCCAAGGGAGGCGGCGCAGGAGGAAGGUCGGGAGGAGUGGGUGGCUUGGGAGGGGCCCCAGCCAUCUCACCGUCGCCGUCUGCGUCGGGAGGGCCGCCCCAAUUAGGCUCACUGUUCGCGGGAGGGAUGCCGAAGCUGAAGCCUGCUGGGCAAGCGAGUGCAGCAAAACCUCCAACACUAGGUAAACCACCCUCUGUUCCUAAUCGCUCUGCUGCACCGCCGGCGCCGCCAGCCCUCCAGCACGCACCGCCUCCUCCAGCUCCCAGCGCACCUACACCUCCGAGUAGACCAGCACCAAGUCUGCCAUCUCGAUCAGUACCUGCACCACCUACCGCUCCUCCUACGGUCAACGUGCCCGAUAUCCCACCGCGUCCAUCCUCCGCCGCGCCACAUUCCCUGCGCGGAAGGUACCGCCAACGCCUCAUACACCCGGCAGGGCACCCCCACCUCCACCCGCGAGGCCAUCCAGACGUGUUCCCCCUCCGCCUCCAGCACGGAGACCCGUCCUCCGCCGCCUCCGCCAGGCCCUUCUCCUGCAACGCGGCAGUCACUUGCGCCUCCUCCUCCCCCGCCUGGACCGUAGUACCGUCUGCGCUGUCCAGCGCACUGACUGCUGCAUCGCCUGCGUCGCCCGCAGUGACUGUGAAUGGUAAUGGCCGCCGCAGGAUACCUUCUCCGCCCCCGCUUGCGGGCUCGCAUACCUUCCCUGUGACAGGUUUCCCGCCACCGCGGCCGUUCAACCCGAGCUCUAAACGCUACGGAGGCGGGCGACAGAGAGGCAGUGAUUUCGAUUUGAGUCUACUGUGAUGAUUAUUCUUUUACCGUACGGGGAGCGUCGUUUACACACAUUCCGUUCAUGAUGCCGAGGAUACCUGGACAUGUCGUGCAAAAUCUGAGUGCAUGUGGUCCAUAUGCGCUGCGAUAUUCAUCCAACUAUGUGACUCGAGGUUUCAAAAUGGCAGAUGCAUCGGACACAACAGUGUUCUCAAGUAGCGCGCGUACAUAUCAGCCUGCGUUAUGUACAGGGUGCGGUGCAACGUAGCAACGAUUUCAUUUCGAUGCGGAGGAGGAGCAUCCGAACAGCUGCAUUUUCAU